UGGAAGAAGGAAAUUUUUAAAUUCUUCAGACUGCGAUGAGGAUGGGCAAAGGGGUGCUAGAACCGAUGGACUAAAUCUAAUAAAUGUUUGGAAGGAAAUGAAGAACCACUCAAACGCUGUGUAUGUAUCGAACAAAACUGGCCUUGAAGCGGUUGACACCAAGUCAGUGGAUUACUUGUUAGGUGGACGCAUCGACCACGCUCAUCACCUUAACCUCGCGCAGCACGCCCUUCAGGAGACCGUGGAGUUUGAAGGAGUGGUUGGAGCAAUAUCACAAAUGCUUCCUGAAAAUGAAACCCUUAUCGUCGUUACGGCAGAUCAUUCUCACACCUUAAACAUUGCAGGCCACCCAGCACGAGGAACCAACAUCCUUGGUUUUGCUGGAAAGACAGAGACAGAAAACCCGGUUGAAUACACCGUGCUUUCCUACGGCGUGGGACCAGGAGGGUAUGGACCGCUUGUGAAUGUGACAUUAGAAAACACAACGGACACUUUCUUUCGGCAGCAAGCGGCAUUCCCCAUGAGGUUCGCCCCUCAUGGUGGUGAGGACGUGGCCGUCUACGCCAAGGGAACCUGGGCGCACCUCUUCACUGGCGUCCAUGACCAGACGUACAUUCCCUACGUCAUGGCCUACGCAGCGUGCAUAGGGCAGUUCAACGGCACUGAGUGCCACGAGUGCAAGUCGCAAACCUAGGUGAUAGCGUCGUGAGAGGGGCACAUGGCAGUGGGAAUCACUCCGUCAAUCGGACAACAUCGUCUAUGCAAACAUGUACCCCUGAGUACUCAGUGAGAUCAUGGACAGGCGCGACCUACUUUACGUAGCGCGUUCA